GUGUGUUGACAACGAACGUCGACGACUCAUCGCGUCGUCUGACCUUUUUAAAAUAAGUUUUUGGACCAUAAAUCGUUGAUAAUAUUAAGUUCCGGUUGAAUGGCUAUCGAAGUGUGUGUAUCAUACAUGAUUUCUCAAUGUACAUAAUGUGAGGAGAUUUAAACUCUUUCCUAAUACUACCGUAUUUCGUAAGACGAUUUUGAUAAAAAACUAAACCACAGCAAAUAAUUAGGAAAGUUUAAACACCACCGAUGGUUGCAGAUAUUUUAGGGGCUGUGCCAUCAAUCAGCAAGCUCAAGGGAAACACAAGCGAUGAUUGGAUCGACAGAAUAAGUCAUUUAUAUACUGUGUUGAUAUUGGUGGUUUUCGCCGUUGUAGUUUCGACUGGGACGUUUGUCGGUGAUCCUAUACAAUGUUGGUGUCCGGCAGAGUUCACGGACGCGUACGAAGAAUAUACAAAGAGUAUGUGCUGGAUAAGCAACACGUAUUACGUUCCAAUGGGAGAUACAAUUCCAGUAGAUUUGAAAACGAGGCAGGAUAAAGAAUUAACAUACUACCAGUGGGUACCUUUAAUCUUGAUGUUUCAAGCGUUGUUGUUCAAGUUGCCUAAUUUGAUCUGGAAGAUGUUUCAUAGUGCAGCUGGUAUAAGCCUCGACCGAGUAAUUGAUUUUGCACAAGAAACACAAUGCAGUUCUCCUGAAGAUCGCGCAGACGCAAUCGGAAACCUUUCAAAUUACGUAGACAAAUGGCUAUGGACUUACCAAGAAUACAAACAUAAUAAGUUUGUCAAAUUUCGUGCGACUGCUUCUAAAUAUUUCUGCUUGAUGUGCAACAAGCGAGGAGGGACAUUUCUAACAGGUCUUUUUAUUUGCGUGAAGUUCAUGUAUUUAAUCAAUAUUAUCGGGCAGUUUUUCAUACUAAAUGCCUUCAUGGGAAGUGAUUACAACUUCUAUGGCUUCGAAGUCAUAAGUGCUAUUGCAAAUGGUGAAGACUUCCGGGAAUCUGCACGCUUUCCCAGGGUAACGUUGUGUGACUUCCGUAUCCGGCAACUGAACAACUUGCAGACAUGGACAGUACAGUGCGUAUUGCCCAUAAAUCUAUUCAACGAGAAAAUCUUCAUUUUUAUUUGGUUUUGGCUAGUGUUUGUUGCUUUUCUAUCUUCAUACAGCGUUAUAAAAUGGAUUGCUUUCCACAUUAUGCAUAACAAUAAAGUUCACUACAUCAAGAAAUAUUUGAAAGCGCAAAAUGAACUUCAUACUGCUUUUGACAAAAAAUUGUGUGUUCAAUUCGCACGACAUUAUUUACGAAAUGAUGGAAUCUUUUUAAUGUACAUGAUUUCUAAAAAUAGCACAAGUAUUGUAGUGACAGACUUGAUCGCUGAACUCUGGAAGAAAUUCAAAGCGCGACAUCAACAAGCGAACAACAUUGACGAAAAUGAUCACAUGGGUAACCACCAUGACGAUUCCACUCUGAAAAUGGGUGAAAAGGUUGAUUAAGGCAAGAAAAGCGUAAAUAUUAUAGGCAAAUUUAACCGUAAAUGUCUCAAAUAAUGCCUUUUGUCGCCAGAAGCACGCGACGAUGUCAAUAUGUCAGUGCCAGUAGCCAAAAGUAGAAAUAGAUGGGCAUUGAAAUGAAGCAAUAGAUUUACGCAUGUGUAAAAUAUUUUAUUUUCAUUUAAUGGUGCUAUGAUGUAUGCAUGUUAAUUAGCAAUACAUAAUGUUAUUUUGUAUCCACAUUUAUCAUUUAUAUUUUUUUUUAAAGCAGUUAACUUACAUGGCUGCAGUUUUAACAUUAACAUUAUUAAAUGACAUGAAGACAUACAUGUGUGUAUGAUAAAAUUGUUUUGAUUGUAUGUCUGUCGCUAGUCUUCCAUUUUGAACUGCAUCGAGUAAAUGUUGUAAAGCAGCCAUUUUAACCUUACAAUUAUUUAAAUUUUUCGAUGUUUUUUUAAUUGUAUGUCUAUCGUUUGUCUUCCAUUUUGAACUGCAUCGAAUUAAUAUUGUGAAGCAGCCAUUUUAACUUUACAUUUGUUAAUUGUUUUCGAUGAGGCAUCAAUAACGAACAAUACUUUUAUCAUUUUGAACAAGAAAUGAUUAUUUUUCGCUAAUAUUUAGUAAUUUAGUUAUUUUUCGGUUAGAUAUCCCGGAUGUAGGGAAGAGGUAUUCCGAAUGUCAGGAAGAGAUAUCCCAAACAUAGAAGAUGCUUUACCAUGUUUACAUUCCUGUACAUAUUGAUAUAGAUAUAGUUUAUGAUUUUUUUCCAUACAUAUCAUUUUGUACAUUGCAAGAACAGAUAAUAUAGGUAAAAUUAUUAUUGAAACAAAUAUGCAACAGGUUUUGUUUAAUAAAAUAAUAAAAUUUCAAAUAUUUUA